AUGCAAUAUUAAUUCAAUUAGUAAAGCUACUUAUUGCUACAUUAUAAAUUGAACCACUCUCUUGAAAAAAAUGUUCAUUAUUUUUCUUAAUUAAGUAAUAAGCUUACAACUUAAAUCUUAAUCAAAUUAAUGGCUACUAUAUCACAAGAAUAAUCUACUACAUUUAAUGUAGUAUUUAAUUAAAGAGAAACAGGGAGAAAGAUGUUAAAUGUAAUAAUUUUUAUGAGAUUUUUCAAUUCAAUAUUAAAUUCAAGUAUGUAUAUAUCAUAUUAAAAGGGGAAGUAGCUGUGCUUAUAAAGACAGAAGAUUAAAAUGAAAUAGUUCUAAAAGAGAAUAACAAAAGAAGAAGUAAUUAUUUCUAAUAAUUUAGGGGCUACAAAGACAUUUGAAGAAUUGAUAGCCUAUAAAAAAUAAUAUGACUAUUUUGGGGAAAUAGCUAUUGAGUAAAGAAUUCCUGGCACAGUUACAGUAAUUGCUAAAGAGCCUUGUACUUUUGCAAUAAUAACUUUUGAUGCAUAAUUAAUAAUUUAUUGA